AUGCCUUUGUCAUUCAUCCUUUCUUUCUUUCUUUCUUUCUUUCUUUCUUUCUCCAAGCAGAACCUUUUUUAUUUUCAAAUCCACUUUCUUUCUUUCCUUCUGUUUUUCUUUCAUUUCUUCUUUUUAUUUUAUUUCUUCUUUCCUUCUUUCUUUCCUUCAUUCCUUCUUUCUUUUCUUCAUUCCUUCUUUCUUUCUUUACUAUAUUUCUUUCUUUCUUUCUUUCUUUCUUUCUUUCUUUCUUUCUUUCUUUCUCCAAGCAGAAACUUUUGUAUUUUCAAAUCUUCUUUCUUUCUUUCCUUCUGUCUUUCUUUCUUUUCUUCUUUUUAUUUUAUUUCUUCUUUCUUUCCUUCAUUCCUUCUUUCUUUCUUUACUAUAUUUCUUUCUUUCUUUCUUUCUUUCUUUCUUUCUUUCUUUCUUCAAGCAGAAUCUUUUUUUAUUUUUAAAUGUUUCUGUAUCCUAUUCUUUUUUUCCUAA